AUGUUCCCCAGGCACAACGACCAAGAUUUCAAGCUCUACCCGGAACCUCAUCAACAAACGGCGUACGCCUCGCCCCCCAUGGAGCCGCAAUACAGUCCAGAGGGGUUUGGAUACCCUCGCAACGCCCACGACGCCUUCCCCCACACCCCUGGCUAUGAGCAUGGGCCGGUGUACGCAGCAGAAGCCCCCCAUUUCGCAUACAACGGCAGACCAUCACCCGGCGCGUAUCAAGAGGACGGCGACCUGCGCAUUCCAUCUUCGAAUCUGUCGACAGCUUCCGGGCCUUCGGCAUCUUCCUCCACAGUCGGCUCGCCCCACUCAAAUCACGGCCAACUAGCCUUCAUACCCGAGUACAGCCAAAACGGCCUCGGCGUGAAUCCCAGCAUCGUCAGCCAGACCGACUACUACACCGGCACCGAGUACUCCUUCUCCGGCCCCAUCCCCGAAGACUUCAACAUGACGUUCGACACCAAGCCCGGUUUUGUUGAUCCCUCUCUAAUUCAUCCGGAAAUCCGUGGGCCCAUGGGUCCGCCCAUGCAGGGUUAUGAGGGAAACCCAAACUUCUCCCCGCAACACCCCUACCCAAACUCUCCAGCACUUUCUGGCGCCGCCUCACCUGGUCCCGUCAUGCGAAAUGGCAGCGCAUCGCCCUACGUUCCGGGCUAUCAGUACAGCCCACUCGCCCUACCUGCUCAAGGGGGACGCCGGCCAUCCCUUUCAUCCUUUCAGUCACACGGCAGCCAAGAAUACCAAUACAGCGGCGACGAGUCCAAGGAGAAGCAACGAUGUCCGCAUCCCGACUGCGGGAAGACGUUCAAGGAUCUCAAGGCGCACAUGCUCACCCACCAGACUGAGCGCCCGGAAAAAUGCCCGAUCCAGACGUGCGACUACCACAUCAAAGGUUUCGCGCGCAAGUACGACAAGAACCGACACACCUUGACGCACUACAAGGGCACCAUGGUGUGCGGUUUCUGUCCGGGGUCAGGAUCGCCGGCUGAGAAGUCCUUCAACCGGGCCGACGUCUUCAAGCGACACCUCACGGCGGUGCACGGGGUUGAACAAACGCCGCCCAACAGCAGGAAGAAGACUUCAGCGACGGUGAAUAGCGGUAAGAAGUUGACGGGAUAUGCGCCAGAUGCUACCGGGAAGUGCUCCACUUGCUCAGCCACCUUCUCUAAUGCCCAAGACUUUUACGAGCACUUGGACGACUGCGUGCUGCGCAUUGUGCAACAAGAGGACCCCGCAGAGGCCAUCAACGCCCGACGACUGGCCGAGGUCCAGAACGACAAGGAUGUGCACAACACGCUGGAAAAGAACCAGCUGCCCCUCACAACCCAAACCGCAUUCACGUCCGACGACGACGAGGAUGAGGACGUGGUCGACGAGGACGACCUCUUGGACGAGGACGUCCAGGGGACGAAACUUAACUCGCCAACCAAGAGGAAGGGGAACCCUGCGAAUGGCGUACAGAAGUCGCGGGGGAUGACGCACUCGCGUGGCGGUGUUACGUUGACCUCCAAAGGCAAGAGCCGCAAGAACCGACGCGACUACCCCUCGUCCUGGGGUUUCGACAAAGGCCAAAUGACCAUGAAGAAGAGGGUAGUGGCCGUCUUCGAUGGCCCGCGCCGUCUGGCCAAGGACGAUAUGAUGCUGUCCACGGAGCACGAGGUCCGCGUCAAGUUGUCGGACGGCAAGUCGUGGGUCACAGAUCUUGACGUCCAAACCAUGAAGCGAGCACAGGGCUUCCUCGACGCCACAGACGAGGAGAAGGGUGUCUGGGUAUCAGAUGACCCCACCGAGGAAGACAUGACGCGCAUGCUCGAAAUGGCCUGCCAUCGGUGA